AUACGUCCCUGUGUAUUACAUUCGCGUAGUCAACACAACGGCAUCGCAACGAAGAAACUAGGUGGCAAUAAUAAAUAAAUACAAACAAAAUCUGACAUAAAAAAUAAAAUAAUCUAAAGAAUAAUCUCAAGUAUCACCUAGACAAAAGUGUUCUGAAAGCAAGUGGUGUGUGAUAAUGCCCCUGUUUUCAAUAAAUCGAUCAAGUAAUUAUACAAAUUGACUGUGGCAAUACGAUAUAAAAUCAAGUACAGGAGGUACGAUAAGUUGGAAGAUAUUGACCAUUGAGUAAUUGGUAUUGAUGAAUAAUAAUCAUUAGUUUUAGUAAGAGGGUAACGUGCGGUGAGGGGUAAUCUGGGGUAUUAGUGGUAGAACGGGUAUUAAAUUUUGUUUCCUCGUGCCCUGGAGCAAGAUGGCUGCUCACGAUCAUAUGACGUUGAAGCGUGUAAUACUAUUGACAAAGAUGGUGAGAAGUAUGCGGUCGACAGGCCGCUACAAGUGGAACUGUCGACAGCACUGACUCAAAAUAAUCUGUCGAGGGUGGCGGGUAAACAGGAAGGGGCCAGGCCAAAGAGGCCAAGCACACGGGACACUCAUACCCGUGAUGCAUAUGAUCAAUUUACUUGGUGCAAUGAUCAGAAAUACACUCAUAUUAUGGCCAUGCAUGCCGUCAACAAGAAUGAUAAAACGGCAAUGCGUUGCGAUGCCUGCGAUCAAUUUGUGAACAAUAUCAAUAGCAAUAGCGUUAACAAUGUCAAUGAUAUUAAAACAAUUGUAUGCACGAGUUGUGUUAGCAUAACGCAGACUGAUGGUUCACCGUCCAGCACAUCGUCAUCGUCAACGCCGGACUCACAACCACCAACCCCACCACCGAGACAGAGCUCAAAUGAUCAGCCAACACCAAGGGAUUAUGUUUAUUUUCAUACUAUUGAUACUGUCGACACGCAGAGCAACGAGCGCACUACCUUUCCUGUUUCUGGUGCAAAGCUAAAUGAAGGAGUUUCAUCAAGCCAUCGUGAAAAAUGUCACCGUCGCGGCUCAUGGUCUGGUGCAUCAACCAAGCGUAAUUGCCCAAAGAGAUCACCCUCCCUACCAUUGCUAGUAACCCGAUGGACUUGCAUCCGUUGCCUACAAACAAACUGCUGCAGUGCAACACCCGUAUGUACAGCUUGCGGUGCAAGCUCGACAAUAGCCCAAACAAAUGGUAAUUUGAUAGGUGUGAGACGUGGUAAAAGAUUGAAAGCCCUAAAACUUAGCAACAAGCAGGAGCCCAAGCUUGAUUUAGUUUCAACAGUGGCAUCUGGCCUAGUGUCACGCGUACUUGACAUUGGCUGUGGCAAUAUCGGCUCAACAGCUGUUUUAGAUAGAGACCUUGGUAUGGCACAACUGAGUGGUUUAACACGUGGUGAUAGAGUACAAACACACCGUGAAGACUGGCAAUUGGUUCAAAUUGAUAGCAUGGAGCCCGAUGUAUUAUCAUUCGGUGAUACAACAUCAGAUUCAUCUCAACGCUCACCAAAACGUCACAGUCCAUCUGUGUACGAACGGGUCAAAUCCAAAGUAAGUCGAUCCCUGUCAAACGGCUCAGUUGUCCAAAAACUAAGUAGUGAUAGCCACGAUAUACAGAGACCAACAAGCCUCAUUGUCUCCGAGUCUCACAACAGUACAGAUGACACACUAUGGAGCUGUGAUAAUUGCACACUUGACAAUCCACCUGAAUUGGAGCAGUGCGAGGCAUGUGAAGCGCCAAGAAGUCCAGCUCCAUGCAGUGGUGUUGUUAUAAGUGUACCAUCCUGGGAGCCACGUCCACUGUCAUCAGCUGGACCAUUGUCAUAUAGACGUUCGUUCUCAGAGGUCGAAAAUGUUGGUAGCUCGAUGCAGAAGAAAUCAGUCAAUCGACGCAGUUUGAAUGAUAAUGAGCCACCAGCUGUGCCGCCUCACUCCGUUGGCUUUAAUUCUAGGCCUAAGUACUCGUACAUCGGUAUCAGUGACCCCGAUACUCCACCACCAUUGCCGAAGAAGCAGAGCAGUAAAUUGGCACUAAAUGUAACACGUGCACACAGUGAAUCAACAAGUCCUGUUGAUACACCCGGUACUAGUCCUCUUAAACGCAUGUGGACAUGUAGAAAGUGUUCAUACGCUUACAAUCCACUGUGGUCAACAGGCUGCGAUAUAUGCAGCUCACUGAGAACACCACCGUCAUUGCUGCAACCGAGUUUGAUAACUGUUACCAAAGACGGUGUCAGUGCGCGCGGUAAAGUUCAAUCACCAAUUGUUGUGUCAAGGGACAGUGUUAGGUACAUACCAAGAGCAACACUGGCAACAGCCGAGUCAGAUCUCGAUGAUCAGAUUGAGGUAUCGACACCAGCAUGGACGUGCAGAAAAUGCACUCUAUUGAAUCCAUCCACGAGAACAACAUGCGAAGCAUGUGGAGGUUCAAAAUUAAGGAGUGUAUCACACCUUGAGGAUCCAACAUUGAGAAAAGGUGAGAGCUGGGUUUGUCCAUCGUGCACCCUUAGAAAUCCCCUUACUGCCCAGAAUUGCAAUGCUUGCAAGACAAUGGCUGAUUUUUUGGAGGUACCGCGAGACAAUCGAACACCAUCAGGACAGCGCAGCUCAAGUCCAAGAUUAACUGGUGGCAUGAGUAGUAAUGUCAAAGUUGCAACACCAAGACACAGUAGAAAUUCAGUGAGACGAAAUGGACCAGCAUCACUCGGUGAUAAGAGACACACGAGAAUGAAAGAGCCAGGUCAGAGCCAGUGGCAGUGCAAGCUCUGCACCUAUGAGAAUAAAAGCACCAAUGGCACCUGUGAGAUGUGCCAGAGCUCAAAAGCACUGUCCCAAACACCUGGUGACAGACUGAGACUCAGUGAGCCGGGAGCUUGUACCCUCCGAAUUCAAAGACAGGAGAGUGUCGUAAUGGAGAAUCUCAGGCACAUUGAGGAGCGAGAGGCAUUGGAAAAGUGGGAGAGAAUAGUGCGUUACUGCAAGGAAACAAAUGAACCAUUUGUCGAUGAUUCAUUUCCACCAGCGCCUAAAUCACUGUAUUAUAACCCUGCCGAUACGAAAGAUAACCACGUAGUUCAAUGGAGAAGACCACACCAGAUUAAUGUCGACUCUAGUGUAGAUUCAAAACUGCCUUGGGCGGUCUUCAGAACGCCAUUGCCAUCGGACAUAUCGCAGGGUGUUCUUGGUAAUUGCUGGUUGCUGUCAGCACUUGCUGUUCUUGCUGAGAGCGACGAGCUUGUCAAGAGGGUUUUAGUAAUGAGGGAAACGUGUCCAGAGGGAGCCUAUCAGGUCAGACUGUGCAAGGAUGGGAAAUGGACGACUGUUCUUGUAGAUGAUCUACUUCCGUGUGACAAGAGGGGCCAUCUCGUCUACUCACAAGCAAAGAGAAAACAGCUUUGGGUGCCCCUCAUCGAGAAAGCUGUUGCCAAGAUCCAUGGAUGCUAUGAAGCUCUUGUAUCGGGUCGAGCCAUCGAGGGUCUCGCCACUUUGACCGGUGCCCCUUGUGAAAGUGUGCCUUUACAACCCUCAGCACUGCCUAGCGAGGAUGAACUCGAUAAGGAUCUCAUUUGGGCACAACUCCUCUCCUCUCGACAAGCAAUGUUCCUCAUGGGUGCUAGCUGUGGUGGUGGCAACAUGAAGGUCGACGAAGAGGAGUAUCAGAGAAAAGGUCUGAGACCUAGGCACGCCUACUCAGUGCUCGAUGUGCGCGAUGUUCAAGGAAUUAGAUUGCUCAGGCUGAGAAAUCCGUGGGGCCACUACAGCUGGAAGGGUGACUGGUCGGAUGACAGUCCCAUCUGGACACCACAACUCAGAGAAAUGCUGAUGCCACAUGGUGCCUCUGACGGGGUCUUCUGGAUAUCUUUUGACGAUGUACUCAAGUACUUCGACUGCAUCGACAUCUGCAAGACUAGGGUGGGCUGGAGUGAGGUCAGGCUUCGAGGGACUCUUCCGCCUUUAUCCUCCUUGAGACAUCUGUCCUGUGUUCUUCUGACUGUUCUAGAACCAACUGAGACUGAAUUCACUCUGUUUCAAGAAGGCCAGAGGAACUCGGAGAAAUCACAGCGAUCUCAGCUUGAUCUAUGUGUCGUUGUAUUCAGAACUAGAUCACCAGCUGCACCCGAGGUUGGACGACUGGUGGAGCACAGUAAGCGACAAGUUAGGGGAUUUGUUGGCUGUCACAAAAUGCUUGAAAGGGAUUUGUAUAUUGUCGUUUGCCUGGCAUUUAACCACUGGCACACGGGCAUGGAGGACACCUCCAGUUAUCCUGAAUACGUUUUGGCUAUUCACAGCUCGAAGCGAUUGCUCGUCGAGCAGAUAUCUCCACCUGCUUUUGUUCUAGCUGAUGCUAUCAUCAGUCUCACAUUGGCGAAGGGACAGCGUCACGAGGGAAGAGAGGGCAUGACAGCCUACUAUUUGACCAAAGGAUGGGCAGGGUUAGUUGUGAUGGUUGAGAAUCGUCACGUCAAUAAAUGGAUUCACGUUAAAUGCGAUUGUCACGAGAGUUACAAUGUCGUUUCCACGAGGGGUCAAUUGCGCACUGCCGAUAGUGUUCCACCGUUGCAUCGACAAGUUAUAAUUGUGUUGACACAACUCGAAGGGAGCGGUGGCUUUUCCAUAGCCCAUCGUUUGACGCACAGAUUAGCAAAUAGUGGAAACUUACAUGAUUGGGGUCCACCAGACACUCAGCACUGUCCACCAAUUGAUACUCAGGUCGAAGGAUUACACAGUCCUCGGCUAAUCACAUGAAUUGGGAAAUUUCUGUGGAAUUUCGAGGAAACUGAAAUGUAGAAAGAGAGAAUUUGAGAUAUGAAAAAUUUUACGCUGUGAAAACAAACUCAUCAUGUUUUUUUUUUUUUGGUUAAUGUAAUUAGAAAUAAAAAGAAGUAUUGAUUCAAUGUGAUGAAAAAUCCAUGACAAAGAGAUAUUGCGUGGAUGAAGGGUGAUAGUUCAAUAAAAAUUGUCUCGUUUUUUUUUUUAAUUACCAGUGAAAAUAUGUUAUUCUGUAAGUUACUGUAACAAUUGGAUUGAUAAUAUGAAGAUACUGGAUUCGUUAAAAAGUUCAUGAUGUGGAGUAAUUAAGUGACAAAUCCAACAAUUUUUGCUUGAAUAUUAUAAGAAAAGAAAAAUGGAAAAAAAAUUAUUUUCUCAACGUAACGUUUAAGUGUCGUAAAGAAUGAGUGUCGAGACUUCGUAAGGAGACGUAAGAAAAUUAACUGUGAAAAAUUAGGAGUUAAUAAUCUUCGAACUGGACCACUUUGUUUACAAUUCGCAUAAUUUAACUGCAUUUGUUUUUCUUUUCCAUUAGUUUUUCGAUCGAAGUAAUGAAUAAGUAUUUUCUAUUAUUGCUGAUUAAUUGUUCAUUCUCGGAUUUGUUAUUAAAUUAAUUGAUUAAGGUGAAUGCAUUUAAUGACAGUGCUACGAUACCAAAGAUAUUUGCUGAAAUAAUGGUAAUCUCGUUCGAUUUUUUACUCAAUAACUAUAAUUGAACCUAGAUAUUUUUCAUUGCAAUUAUGGAAUCUCAUGGAUGAUGCUGAACUUUAAUAAAACGUGACAUUAAUUAUGGUAAAGAACGUAAUGAUACUAUAGUUUAACUAAGUGUCUUGUCAUUGUCUUCAAUUAUGAAAAGAAAAUGUAUUAUUUUUAUUAUAUCGUCGCACUGAUUUCGUAUUGUUUUAUACAAAUGCAUUCGUAGCACAAAAAGUGAGGUUUUAAUAAAGAAUAUAAUUUUGUUAUUAGUGAAAUGUGCAGAUUAUAUAUGAGCUUUUACGAGCAUUCUUUUUCGCAUUUUUAACGCACAAACUCAAGAACUAAAUUCGAUGAAUUAACUGUGAAGUUGUAAAAUGCCAAUUAACAUUGAUUUUUACUACUUUGUCAUUGAAUUAUUGUGAUGAUUGCAUGAUUUUUCCUGCAUAAUUUAAGACAGAUUUCGCUGAGCUCCUCCUGUCAUUCAAUUAUAGUUCUUGACUAAUGAAAUUUUAACUAGUAUAACAGGAAAAAUGAAUCUCAUGAGAUAAAAAUUAGGAAAAUUUAUAAAAUCGCAUGUCGUUCGUGUGCUGUGAAAAUUCUUGAAAUAAUUACGUAGUUAAUUACCGUGGCUAAAAAAAAAACGUGAAACUGCCAUAUUUCAUGAUUCGAGGCAAUGGUGCAGCCGUUUCAAUUGGCAUUUAUUAGCAUUUUGAUGAGGAGGCGAAAUUGUUUGGACAAUACACUAAUAAAGAACUUCAAAUAAAAAAGUUUUAUCCAUUCGAGAUGUCAAUGAAUUUGAAAAAA